AAUUUUCGCAUUCAUCUUUUUGACCCGCGCUGAGAAGGUUCAGUUGUAAAUAUUUUAUUGUAAUACAGUUUGUGUAUAACAGUUCUAAUUCAAAAAUGGCGACAGUGAUUCUAAGGAGUAUAUUUUUUGCAUAUUUUUUAAUUUAUGUCUUCGGUGGUGAGAUAGAAUUGGAGGUACAGAGUGCUGGCGUCCUGAAAAUGUUGAGGGAUAUGAUGAACCAAUCAGCUGCCGAAUCUCUUAAUUUGAUAGCAAACGCUACGUCUAUAAGAGAAAAUAUAACAGACACUUUUAGCUGUGAAAAUCGAACCUACGGCUACUACGCAGAUGUUGACAAUGAGUGUCAACUAUUCCAUGUCUGCGUUCCGUCACAAAGUCCAUCCGGUCGCAACACCACUUACAGAUACAGUUUCAUCUGUCCGGCUGAGACUAUCUUUAACCAGGAAGUGCUGGUAUGCACAAGACCAAUAGAUUCGAUCCCCUGCGAUGAAUCACCAAACUUUUACGACCUAAAUAUGGAAAUAGGUAAAAUGGUGGAUCCGGAAAUAAAUAAAGAAAAUCAGAAUAAAGAAACCGAAAUGGUAGCUGUUAAAAACAAGAAACAAACGAUACGCAGGAAACAGAACAUAAUAAUGGAGGCGUUGAUGAAAGACGGUGAUGAACAGAUGAAGGAGCUAGAAGAAUUAUACGAGGGAGAGAAGAUUAUUGAAUUGCCAGAAGAACAAGAGAGAGUUGAGGUUACAUACCAACCAAUAGCUCCAGAAACCAUCAUAACUAAUGCUAUGGAAACACAAGCGAUUAUAAAUCAAGAAAAUGAAAGUAGGCCUCUUGAAAUGAAUUCAGAAACCUUUGAGUAUCAAAUGCCAGCUGAAUCAGGAAAUGAGAGACUCGGAUCAGAGAGAAGCAUCAAGAGAACUGGACGAAAAAUGUGGAGAGGAUCUUUAAAGUUUAGAUCUGAUGUCUGAUAAAUAUUGACGAGUGAAAUUGCUUCGCUGUCUGUUGUAAAUAGUCAUGAAUAAUUAAUACACAAUGAUAUUAUAA